AUGGCAGAAGAGUUUGCACAAGUAUUAUCAUUCUUCAAUGACGCUCAAAUCGCCGAACACCCCAACGCGGAAGGAUAUCCAAGUAGCGAUGCUGCUUCUUCGUCAAGCAGUUCGUACUCGUACGACGAAUUGCAUGAAGCCUCUUCAAGCUCGCCGUCUACAUUUCCUCCGAGCUCCACCGCAUCUGAACUUGUGUAUUCGUGUCAAGACUCGCACACAGGGUGUGACCAAUCUUUUUGAAACUCGCUUACUGACUUAACACGUCUCGGUAUGCAGACAUCUCACUGAACCAAUACCUGAAUGUGUAGCAUGCACAGAAAGCUUGGAUGAAGAGACUCCCCUUUUCGUUCAGCCUUGCGGACACCACUACUGCGGCUCGUGUCUAAUGCACUUCAUCGAAACGUGCAUCAACGAUGAUAAUUUAUUUCCUCCGAAGUGCUGCGGAAGUCCCAUGAGUUUCAUCACAGAGAAGAAUGAUCACAGCUCACCAAUGGAAAACCCCGUCCAACCAUUCGAAAAACUUGUAAUCGGCUCUGAUCUAAGGACUCGGUUCAAUGCAAAAGCCUUGGAACUCGAUGUUCGCCCAGAAGAUCGGGUGUACUGUCCCUCUCCUCGUUGUUCUACAUUCCUCGGAUCGUGGGGCUCCCUUAAACAGUCUUAUAACGUUCCCGACACUCUAUAUCAGAGCUCAUCGAACCCCAGUCCACCUCCCUCGCACCGAUGCCCUUCGUGCUUUGAGCAAUUCUGCGUUCUGUGCAAAGACCCUGCUCACUCAGAGACUCUCACCUGUCCUAUCAUUGAGGAGCACUUGGCAGAAGACAAACUACGCGACCUCGCUCGCUUGAACGGAUGGCAAACUUGCCCUGGAUGCAAGGCACUCGUUGAGCUCACUGAAGGAUGUAGUCAUAUAGUAUGCCGGUGUCGGUCGGAAUUCUGCUAUCGGUGUGGGUCUGUGUGGGCAUCGAUCUGUGUUUGCCGUGGCUGAAACACAAAUAUUGGGUCACAUUGCCCGUCGAAUGCUUUCUCCUGGGUCGGAUCAGAAAGGAUAAUCUUAUUUUUGUCGCUCAAACUCCAACAUCUUCAUGCUUGCAUAGAUAUCGAGGAUC